GCUCAACCCUGUCCACGUCAACAUAGAAAUACACCACCAUGGACUUCAUGGCUCUGGAACCUUCUCUCUAUACAGUAAAAUCAGUCUUCAUUCUUGACAAUGAUGGAAACCGACUCUUUUCAAAGUAUUAUGACACUGAGCUCUACCCCUCCAUGAAAGAACAGAAGAACUUUGAGAGGAAUGUCUUCAACAAAACACACAAAGCUGACAAUGAAAUAGCGUUCGUAGAGGGGAUGACCAUUGUUUACAAAAGCAGCAUUGACCUCGUUUUCUAUGUGGUGGGCAGCGCUCAGGAAAAUGAGCUUAUGCUGAUGGUGGUUUUAAACUGCCUGUUUGACUCGCUCAGCCAGAUUCUGAGGAAGAAUGUGGAGAAGAGAUGUUUGCUGGAAAACCUAGAUGGAGUCUUUCUGGUAGUGGACGAAAUCAUAGACGGAGGGGUGAUUUUGGAGAGUGACCCCCAGCAAGUCAUUCAGAAAGUCAACUACAAGGCGGAUGAUAACCCCCUGUCUGAACAGAGUGUGGCUCAGCACAUCUCACAGAAACUGGCCAAGACCUCAACAGUUCUUCAGUCUGCAAAGGAGCAAAUCAAAUGGUCAAUACUAAAAUAAAAAAAUGGAAAAAGCUUUGGAGCAAAAGGGGAAACCUCAACGUCAUCGUUCAGUUUAACAUAAUAUACAGUAUAUAGCCUACAUUCUUGCGUCAUUGUGCCGCUGUAUAGGCCUACUUCAGAGGGAUUUUACACGUUUACAAUAAUAAUAAUAAUAAUAAUAAUAAUAAUAAUAAUAAUAAUAAUAAUAAUGCAUUAUAUAAGGGUGGUUUUGGAAGCUGGAAGUUACAAAGUAAUGCCGUGCCGUGUUUGUUUUCUGCGACGCGUGACACAUUACGGGGCGACAUGGCUCAGGCAGUAGGAGCAAUCGUCUGGCAGUCGGAGGGUUGCCGGUUCGAUCCCCCGCCCGGGCUGUGUCGAAGUGUCCCUGAGCAAGACACCUAACCCCCAAAUGCUCCUGACGAGCUGAUCGGCACCUUGCAUGGCAGCCAAUCGCCGUCGGUGUGUGAGUGUGUGUAUGUAUGGGUGAAUGAGAAGCAUCAAUUGUACAGCGCUUUGGAUAAAGGCGCUAUAUAAAUGCCAACCAUUUACCAUUAAAUAUUUUAGAGCAACAUUCCAAGAUAUUCAGCUAUUGUUGGCAGAUUUAACCUUUAAAUCUUUAAUAAUAACGGGUAGCCUCCAUGUCCUCUUUAUAUGUACAGUUUUUCAUAAUGUAGGCCUAUUUUUGUAAUGCCAAAGAUGCAACAUAUUUACUUCCUGUGGCAAUUGACAAACAAAAUAAUUAGCGUUUUAUUUAAUAUGGCUAACAGAAUGAUAUAGGCCUAAACAAAUAGCAUAGUUACGAAACUAUCCUGAGAAAACCGCACGUGGUAUUGUUGCUAAUGUCGGAUACGGCAUUAAAGCCUGCUUGAACACCAAAUUUGUACCGUUUAAUUUAUUUGGUAAACAGCUUUUCAUGAAAGUAAAUAUUGACCAGUAGAUAUAAGAUGAAGGGAAUACUUAAAUAAGUAGGUUAUGCAUUACAUUGUCUCACCAGAUAUCUUUACAUUUAUUCUCAUAGUAUAGGUUAUUAAUAGCGCCACAAAGAUUGUAAGAUGUUUAGACGGUCGUAACGUCGUGGUCAACUUGAAAAGAAAUAGCCUACAUUUUACCCCUCGUCAAUUCCAUGUCCAUAUGGAAAAGCUGUCUUGUCACUUUAGAUUCAACUGCAUGUGAAGAUGUCAAUGAUUCUGACAUUCUCAGCGGCCUUGUAAUGCUGAAUGACGCAAAGUUAAAUCCAGAAGUCAGAAGGGAUUUGGGUCAUUUUACUUAUAUAUUAUAAUUGCCAACAGGUUUUUAAACAGCUUCAUUAUUCGGUCUAAAUUUUUGACAUUGAAAGUAAUGUAAGAUUUCGGUCGGUUGUAUUGCUCAAUAACGCCUGUUGGACAUUUGUAAUGAAAUUCGCGUCUAAUCAGGGGAAAUUCUGACGCCAGAUGAAUUUCAAUAGCUAUGUUUUGUCGUAAACUUGUGUUUAUGUUAAACUGUUUCGUUACAUUUUAUUGUAAGUAUGCUUAGCCUAUUUCAAAGCACUGAAAAUGUUUUUUUGUUUUUGUUUGUUUCGGCCUACUAUGGAACAGGUAGCCUAUUUUUACUCAGUAAAAUAAUGUAAAAGAUCAUUCAUUGUGCAUACUAUAGGGUAUUUUACUGUCGACGAUUAAAUACUGGUUGACUAUGA